UGCAUGUGUUCAUUGUUUAGAUCUCGCAACGCUGCUGUCAAACAAAACCCUGUGACAGAACAACUCGCGCACCCACGCGCAAGAAGCAAAUCCCGAGCAUCGCGCUUGAAUGGCAUAGCUGAGCAUUUGAGACAAGCAAACGAGUUAGUCAUACAAAGGCAUGGACAUUCAAAUAAAAUAAUAUUCCCCUUAUCGCCUUAUGUGCAACAAAGGGACCUUACCGGGCGGUUGUACAGCCAAAUGUUAGCUGAAGUAGGCAGCUCCAAUUAGCAAGAUGGCUUCGUUAUGAUGGAGGUGAAGAUCACGCUGGAAUCCAAGGUAGCGGCGUCCAACCUGCUGCGGUCGCUCCACUCCCAGUAUCAGCUGGGGCACCUGUGUGACGUCACAGUGCAGGCUGGGCGGGAAGAUCGCGAAGGCAGCUUCCACGCGCACAGAGCAGUCCUGGCCGCGUGCAGCGCCUAUUUCCAGAAAGUGUUCAUCGGCCAGGGGCCGGUAGGAGCGCAGCAGCCUGCCGUCCUCCUGCGGGAUGUCAGCUCGGAGGACUUUGCCGCCUUCACGGAGUUCGCCUACACAGCCAGCGUAAAGGUCACACGGGCACAGCUGCCAAGGCUGCUACAGGUGGCCAUCAGGCUGGAAUGCAGGGACCUGGAGGAAGUGUGCAGGGUUACCGGGGUUACGCCAACCCCAGAGACCCCUCCCGAGCCCACUGACUGCAGUUCGAUAGGCGUAGCUCCUCCAGAGGGACAAAUCUCAAACCUGGAACCUGGGAAAUGUGAAACUCUGGAAAGCAAUGGCGGUAUCACUUCCCCGAAUCAUGCGUCCGAGGGCGAAUCAGCGGCCAAUCAAGACAGAGCAGGCGCCGACGCCACUGUUGCUCUGGCGACCAAGGUGGUGAUCAGGAGGAUGCGAUGCCCGGAGAUGGAGGGAGGGGGCGGGGCAGAGGGAGGGGGCGGGGCCCAGGAGGAGGUGUUCCGAUGCGAGGAGUGCGCGGGGGCGGAGUUCGGCUCGCUGAGGCUCUUCCAGGCGCACGCCCGGCGGGCGCACGGGGCGCGGCUGCUGGUGAAGUACGCCUGCGACCUCUGCCCCCGGCUGGUGGCGACGCGGCAGAACCUGCGGCAGCACCGCGCGGCCGUCCACACCAGCGAGCGCGCCUUCGCCUGCGCCGUCUGCGCCAAGCGCUUCAAGCGGCCCAAGGACAUCAGCGACCACGCCCGCCGCGUGCACGGCCACAAGACCCCCCAGGAGUGCCCCCGCUGCGGCAAGCUGCUCGCCAGCAAGGCCGGCCUGGCCCUGCACCUGCGCACGCACACGGGCGAGAAGCCCUACCGCUGCGCGGACUGCGGCGCCAGGUUCGCCCAGAAAUCCUCCUACAACACCCACACCAGAAACAUUCAUCUGGGAGCGAAAGGAAGGAAGUCCAGUAGCCCCGCCCCCUGCAGGCGAUCUGGCUCCUCGACUGAUCUGGGAUCAGCGGGAACACCGGCGAGCGGAGGAGAAGAACCGCGAGCGAGGGAGGAGGGCGGCGGACUGGGGAGGGGGCGGGAUCGGCACGCCCCCGCGGACAAGGAAGAUGAUGUCAGAGCAGAGGGGGGCGGGGUGGAGGGGGAGGAGCCGGGGACAGAGACAGCGGUGCAUGCUGGGAAAGGUAAGAUGGAAGAGGGAGCCAGACGAGACAACCGUGAGGACAAGGAGGAAGAGGAGGAGGGGAGAGAGGAAGAGGAGAGGGAGAGAAGGGAAGAGGAGAGAGAGGGAGAGGAAGUGGAGAGGGAGGGGGAGGAAGAGGAGGAGAGCACGGAGUCCGAAAAUAAAGAUGGCGUCUGUAACGUUAGCGUCGGAGGGGUUGCAGCCUGUAGGUCCAGAGACAAGAGCCAGGGAGGGUCAGAGAGCGGGCGGGGCACGGGGCGGGGCAGCGAAGGUAAGCGUGUUCCGGAAGCCUCCGGAGGGGGCGGGGCGCUGCGGUGUGACCGGGGCGAGGGGCGGAUCCCGGCGCGGCGCGCCCUCGCUCGGCGCUGCCGGCAGGCACGCGGGGCGGAGCCGCGGGACAAGCCGUUCCGCUGCGAGACCUGUGGGCGGGGCUUGGGCAGCGCGGGGGCGUGGCGCGAGCACCGGGACUGCGUGCACUCGGACGAGCGGCGCUUCGCCUGCAGCGCCUGCGGCGGGACCUUCAAGCGGCGGCGGGACGCGCGCACGCACUACGCUCGAACGCACGAGGGGCGCGUGGCCCGAGCGCUCUGCAGCGUCUGCGGCAAGAUCCUCAGCUCCCGCUCCGCCCUCCUGUUCCACAUGCGCACGCACACCGGCGAGAAGCCCUACCACUGCGCCAUCUGCAACCAGCGCUUCACACAGCCCUCCCAGCUCAAAACACACACCAGAGGUCACACAGGAGAGAGGCCCUAUAUCUGCGAGGUCUGUGGCGCGAGCUUCGGGGACUCAGGAAAACUCACCACUCACCGGAGAACACACACAGGCCAGCGCUUGUUUCAGUGCGACGUGUGCGAGAAGAGCUUCACCUCCAAAGAGUACCUGAAGCACCACAAGGUGUGCCACCUGGGGGCGCGGCCCUUCCGCUGCGAGCGCUGUGGGAAGAGCUUCGGUCUGCGAUCGUCCUACCUGCAGCACUGCCGGGUCCACUCAGAUACGCGGCCCUUUUUCUGUGAGCUGUGCGGGAAGUCGUUCACCCAGCAGGGGGCGCUGCGGAGGCACCAGAGGAUCCACACGGGAGAGAAGCCCUUCAAGUGCAAAGCGUGCGAGCGCUCCUUCACGGACAUGUCCACCUUACGGAGACACGUGGCGGUUCACGAUAAAAAGGCUGAAUGGAGGACCUAUGUCAUUGACCUCACCAACAAGAAAGAGCACAACUGGUCCAAGAUCAAAGUGUUAGGAAUCGGUUGUGAGGACGGUUGCCAUGAGGAUGCCGUUUCAGGUCUUUCUGCACCAAUCGCCCAAGCGACAGGGCACAAGACCGACCAAUCACAGCGCCUGCUCUGAACUUCAUACAGUCAGGAUGCUCCUGACAAAGGAGGUGGACACAACAGCUCCCUGCAACUGAGAUUCAUCAAUGAAUACAUUUCUUUAACGUGAGAAAUAAAAAAGACAGACUCUGCUAUAGAAGUA